AUGUCCAUAACGCCAGCUCUCCUCUCCUCCACUCUCCUCCACGAACUGGGAUGGGACACUGAGAAGUGUUCAACUUCACUUCGACAAGACGAACGAGGGCUACUGGUCGUGCGCCGCUAUCACGUGUUUCUGCCUUCUGCCCAGAUCGCAGCCAAUUUUGGUCAGGGAUCCUCACUCGGUCCUCUGGAGCAGGAUGACGGGGUCGUCUUGUGGGCCUGCUGGCAAGGAAACGGCUUUCGAGAAGAGCGCAGUUUGCAGUCGUCAGCCAUGGCAAAAGGGGUUGUGCAUUGCAUCAAUAGUCCAUGCAUCGACCACAUGAGCGCCGAUCGGAAGAUGAUAACAAUGUCCAAUCAAGUGCAAAGUCAAUAUUCGGUACGAAUGAUGAUUCCUGCGCAUGGACAGCUUGCGGCUCUAUUCGUAAGCCUCCCAAUCGCUAUUGCAGCCAGCUUGGCCGUCUCGUGGAGCUCGCUGCCUUGCGAGUACUUGUACUACCAGCACUCGGCACGAACGAGAUCUUCGAGCUGGAAUCUGGAUCGAAGAAUACUCUCGUCAUGGGUUGCGAUACGCACGAGACACUGGUCGGCGGGUAACAGUUUCAUCACAUCUCUGGUCAGUCAAACAUGUCUGACUGGCCUGGGCGUAGACACUAGAGAGUGUGGAAGCCGCCACACCGUGCACAUCCAAGCGUUCCUUUGGUCAAAUCAUGCGAGUCGCGCAGUACCACCACCAACGCCACGACUCAGGGACACACGGGUUACGUGCAGGAGGAUUAGGGACCUCGAAUUGCGCGCGUCUCUCUGGCCAGUUAGAAAAUUGGCCUUGAUGAACUCGAACGCUUUACGCCUCACUGUGAGCUCUGUGUGGCCCGUAUGA